AUGUUGAAAGCGAAGUCAGAAGUUCGGGAGAUCAGCGGGAAAGUCUGGCGGGCGGCAAACCUUCCCUUAUCAUCCAGGCAGCUAUAUGAGACGACUUCACAACUCCGCAUUGUAAACCAACAAGUCACUCAAGCCAUGCCUUCGAGAUGGCAGCGUCUUCAUUUAUCCCAGCAGGGAUUACCUCCUUUGCUCUUCCAGUAUACCUGGUCCCGACGAGGUUAUGAAAUCCACAUAACAGACCUCACCUAUAUCUGGUCAGAGCGGUUGCCCCAUAGAGCUAUCACCAAGAGAGCAGAGGAAGGUGCCACAACGAUCGAUCCUGGAGAGGACCCAGAACAGCUCGAUGUGCUCCUGGAGAAAAUUGGAGAAGCUUUACAAAAGGGCAAUGAAGGCGCAAUCCUAAGCAGUGGAACGCAAGCCGACUCCCUUGAAAUCGCGAUAACAGCCAAGCUCCCUUCCCCGUUGAAACCUCUUAAAUGGUCUUUGAAGUUAUCAAAGGAACCCCUGUCGUCCUUGACCAUUAAUCUAUUGAUCCCGCUGCUGAGAGAGGAAGCGGAGUGGGAGUCCCGUCAACGUUCGCUCUUGAACCAAAUCAAACAAAAAGACUAUGUACUUGGCAAGCUGUUUGACAAAAUGGAAACAAUUGGCGUUGACCUAGCGUCCGUGUUUCCUAGCGCCGCAGGAUCUCGCACCUCUCGCAAGGCUAUUACGCCGUCUGAGGCAGCUAAAUUUGUCAAGGGCAUUGCGCCGUUCGAGGAACAGACCUGGCUCGCUGAGACAGGAGUAUCAGAUAGGGCGGGAUUAGCUACCAAUUUACUCCAGGAAAUCUCGGAAUCCGGUGAUUCUCAUGAUUUAGAUACCUUCACCCAGUCACAAGAUGAAUGGUGGCAUCAACUUGCGAGGCGCUCUGAAACUAUUGCCAGAGAACCCUCUCCCAUCGAAGAAGAAAUAUCCCACGAUGAAGAGAGAAAAAAACCGGUUGAAACCAAGCAUAUUGACGAAGGAGGGGAUUCAACGGCAAGCAGCGAUGUCGAUGAGUUUCAGCGACAAGAAACCCCACCCAGACUAAGACCCCAACAUGGAAAAGGGAAAAUAUCAUCACCCAAGCAAUCACCUAGGAAGAAAAGUCCUGUUCCGCCAGUAUUGCCUUCAGAGGAAGACGAAGCCACAGCAUCAGACUCCGGCUCCGAUCUUGAACCAGCACCACGGCAAAGACGCAUUCCCAGCGUUUCAAGGUCUCCAGAGACCGCCGCACCGCCGACAAAGACGCGAGAGGCGCCGAAAAUAUCAAAGGGUGGAUUAGGCAAAAUUGGCGGCAAGAACAAGAAAGAAGCAGAACGCCGACCCUCGCCAUCUCCCUCUCCAGCCCCUUCUCCUCCAGCGCCAGUCCAGAAAGAGGCACCGAAAGUACCAAAAGCUGGAUUGGGAAAAAUUGGCGGCAAGGCCAAGAAAGAAACAGAGCGCCGUCCUUCGCCAUCUCCAUCUCCAGCCCCUUCUCCGGCGCAAGUUCGAGAGGCACCGAAAAGGCCCAAGGGGGGAUUGGGUAUGAUAGGUGGUAAGAAAAGGCAAGCAAAAGAGCCCUCGCCCUCGCCAGCUCCUUCCCCUCCAGCACAAUCCCGCCACUCUCCAAAGUCACCAGAAGAGGAUGAAAGGAUUAAAGAAGAUCCUGCUCUUCCCAUAUCGUCGACACCGGCACCACCAGCAGCCAAAGCUAAACGUGCCGGGAAGCUUGGAACGAUAGGCGGCAAAGCUAAAGCCAAAGCCUCCGAACCAGCUCAAGACAAGUCUCCACUACCCACAUCUGAAACGGUGGCCAUGUCAUCCGAGAAGGCUUCACCUGCUAAACCAAAGGCUGACCGACAAGCUAUUAAAAAGGAGGAGUCUCCAUUGCCCACGCGACUAGCGGAGAAGGUUCCCCCCGCUCCAACUCCAGAGCCGGAGACUGAAGACCAGCGGGCUGACCGGAAGCGCAAGGAACUAAAAAGGUCGAUUGAGGCUAAGGGCAAAGCUCCUGCAAAGAAGAAGCGGAGGUUUUAG